AUGUGCAUCUCAUAUGAACUGACCGGUUUGUUACUGCAGGUCAAAUGUGAUCGCUCCCGACCAUGCAUGCAAUGUAUCUCGGCAAACGUGGAGUGUACCAAUGUCGAUUCCGUGAAAAAGAGGCCAAUAUCAAGAUCCUACGCUAACGCGUUGGAAGAGCAAGUCGCUUCUCUCGAAGUCUUCAUAAUGAACCUGGCGAGUGCUAGCCACAUGGAGCGAGAACAGAUGCUUGCAAACUAUCAGCAAGCAUCGGUCGAUCAUCUGCCACGGCUGACUAGCAGUCCUGAGCCUUUCCAGCACUGUGGUCCGUCAAAGGGAUCCUUGCUGAGAAUGAAAGAAGGCACUGCGUCUCAAUUCUUUGGGGAGUCAAGCUUCUAUCCAAUCAUCCCUUCUGUCGACGAAGAAAUGGACGAGGAUCUACGACCUUCUCGAGAAGGCUCAAAACUAGAGGUCCAGCAAACAUCAUGCAACGCCGAUACUAGUCCGGAACACGUAAGUGAUAUUGUAUCAUCUCGCCAGCUCACACCACAAAGUGUGGUCAGUCAGCAAGCCAUGUCGGCCUUCUUUCAGCACUGUUAUUAUUACCAUAUGGUUCUCUACCGAGAAUAUUUUCUUCGCGAUUAUAAAAAGGGCAAAGGCCCAUAUUAUUCAGACCUUCUAUUUUAUGCCAUGGCAUCAAUGGGCGCCUUGACUAGUAACGAUGAUAGAAUUCGCGAUCUAUCGGACAUUUUCUAUAAUCGUGGUGAGACCCUUCUUUAUGGCGGAGCACUAGAUUCGCCGGAUAUUACCACAAUUCAGGCAGUCUUACUCUUGGGGCAACGUGACGUUGGAUGCGGAAAAACAACAAAGGGCUGGCUUCUGACAGGCCUUGCUUUCAGGAUGGUACACGAGAUGGGUCUUCAUCUUGACCCAAACCACUGGAAAACGGCCCACGACUCCGAUGUUGGAAGAGAAGUCCUUAGGCGCGUAUACUGGGCAUGUUUUAUUGCAGACAAGCAGCUAAGUCUCUACUUUGGACGACCGCCAGCCCUCCAUCAGAGUGAAGCCGACGUGCAAAACUCUGUCCGCAUAGCAUACCCUGUCGACUGGGACUCUCUGUUAAACGAGUUUAUCGAGAAAGAAACAUCUCGGACCAAGUACGAAGAUGGAAUAGCAUUUACAAGCUGUUUUACCCAGCUAGCAAAUCUGUCCAAGAUCGUCCAUCGCAUGAUUACGGAGGUCUUUGAAUACCGGAAGGUUACUGAUACGAGUAUUUCGGCUGCGUCAAAGAAAUCAAUUCAUGUUGCCUUAACAAAAUGGUUGACUGAUCUUCCAACCAAACUGCAUUGGAAUCAAUGGCUGAAGGGUGUGGUUCCUCCAUAUGUACUUCAUCUUCAAUUUAGUAUGUAUUACCACACGGUUUUGAUUAUCUUACAUCGGCCGCCACGACAACUAAUGUCUGAUCGUCUUGUCACCUUCCAACAGGGAUUUGAGAUUUGUGAACAGUCUCUAAGUUUGAUUAUUCAACUUCUUAAAGUUUACUCAAAGGACUACGGCUUUGAUAAUCUUCCCAUGACAUUCAUACAUACCGCCGCGACUGCGGCAAGCAUUGUGCUGCUGAAGUUACACGUACAGGGCUUAUCUAAUGACCUCAACACCACGGUGCAGCAGCUCGAGCAGAUAUCAAAGGCUAUUGACAGAUUUGCUGGAACAUGGACGGCAGCCUUGCCCAUCCGCAGUGCGAUAGAUGAUGCUCGACAAAAGAUUAGUAGGAGCAAUAAUACAUUGCAGGAACCGACGUCUUUCGAUUGGGAAAACCUAAUGACGUUGGACUGGCAAGUCGACCCACGCCUGCAGGCAAGCUUUCACUUACCUCUAGCUGGGUCUGAUAAUAACAUUCUAUGCGAUUCAACCAUUUCCAAUUGA